AUGCCUAUGCCUACUCCUGCUGCGCCAGUUAGGUUUUGCCAUUUUACCUUUGAGCCACCCCCAAGAGCCAGAGCUUGCCGGUACUUCCUCCUCAAGCUCUCGACCCCUCCUCCCCUCCUCCAUCCUCUAGCAUAUCUACAUCGCCUUCCCUCUCCCCUUCUUGUUUUCUUGUCUGCAUUAUCUCCCAAACAACAUUUACAACAUCCUUACCCAUCCCAUCAACCAACCAUGGCGUCUGAGCGACCAUUGCCCAUCCGCCAGCGUCGGCCCUCGACCUCUGCUCCAAUUGUCGACAUCCAGGGUUCCGUUGGGCCCGCCGGCGUCUCGCGCCCCAAGCACAAGAGAACCUUUACUGGCUUUGGCGCGGGCGAGAUCAAAACGUCUAUCCCCGAGCCCCAGCGCGCCGCCUGGGAAAAGCAUGCUAUCAAAAGCUUCGAGGACAAGGAUGGCUUUGAGCGCGAGGUCGUUCGCCAUGUCGAGACGACCCUGGCCCGGAGCUUGUUCAACUGCGACGAAAAGGCUGCCUAUGCCGCCACCAGCUUAGCUUUCCGCGACCGCCUCAUUACCGAUUGGAACAAGACUCAACAGCAGCAAACUUUUAGCGACACCAAACGCGUCUACUAUCUCAGUCUCGAGUUCCUCAUGGGCCGUGCUCUUGACAACGCCAUGCUUAACGUGGGCCACAAAGACAUCGCCAAGGCUGGCCUUGCCGACCUUGGAUUCAGAAUAGAAGACAUUAUUACUCAAGAAAACGAUGCCGCCCUUGGUAAUGGUGGCCUCGGUCGUCUCGCCGCCUGCUUCCUCGACAGCCUGGCCUCGCUCAAUUACCCCGCAUGGGGCUACGGUCUUCGCUACCGCUACGGCAUCUUCAAGCAGGAAAUCAUCGAUGGCUACCAGGUUGAAGUUCCCGACUACUGGCUGGACUUUAACCCCUGGGAGUUUCCUCGCCACGAUAUCCAAUUCUACGGAACCGUCCGAAAAUCGACCGACGCCAAAGGUAAGACCGUCUCUGUCUGGGAUGGCGGCGAGGUCGUUCAGGCCGUUGCCUACGACGUCCCCAUUCCGGGCUACGCCACACCCACCACCAAUAACCUGCGCCUUUGGUCCAGCAAGGCUUCUGGGGGCGAGUUUGACUUCCAAAAGUUUAACAAUGGCGACUAUGAAAGUUCCGUUGCCGAUCAGCAGCGCGCCGAGACCAUCAGCGCUGUGCUGUAUCCCAACGACAACCUUGAGAGAGGCAAAGAGUUGCGUCUGAAGCAGCAGUACUUUUGGGUCGCGGCAUCGCUCUACGACAUUGUUCGGCGCUUCAAAAAGACGAAUCGAGCCUGGGCCGAGUUUCCGGAGCAGGUUGCCAUUCAGCUGAAUGACACUCACCCCACGCUUGCCAUUGUUGAGCUGCAGCGCAUUCUCAUCGACGUUGAAGGCCUCGAGUGGAACCAGGCAUGGGACAUUGUCACCAACACUUUUGGCUACACCAACCACACUGUUCUUCCUGAAGCACUCGAGAAGUGGCAUGUUGGCCUCAUGCAGAACCUGUUGCCCAGGCAUCUGCAAAUCAUCUUUGACAUUAAUCUGUUCUUCUUGCAGCAGGUUGAGAAGAAGUUCCCAGAUGACCGUGAUAUGCUUCGUCGCGUUUCCAUUGUUGAGGAGUCGCAGCCCAAGAUGAUUCGCAUGGCCUACCUUGCCAUUGUCGGCUCCCACAAGGUCAACGGUGUAGCUGAGCUUCACUCCGAUCUGAUUCAGACGACAAUUUUCAAAGAUUUUGUCGCCAUUUACGGCCCAGACAAGUUUACCAAUGUCACCAACGGCGUGACGCCUCGCAGAUGGCUUCACCAGGCCAACCCUCGCCUAUCGGAGCUGAUUGCUAGCAAGUGUGGCGGCAACGGUUUCCUUACUGAUCUGACCAAUCUGAGCAAGCUUGAGCAGUUUGUUGGUGACAAGGGUUUCCGCAAGGAAUGGGCCGAAAUCAAGUACGCCAACAAGGUUCGCUUGGCCAAGCACAUCAAGAAGACUCUUGGUGUGACGGUCAAUCCAGCGUCGCUCUUUGAUAUUCAAGUGAAACGGAUCCACGAAUACAAGCGCCAGCAGAUGAAUAUUUUCGGCGUCAUUCACCGGUACUUGACGCUCAAGAAGAUGUCUCCCACGGAACGCAAGAAGCAGCUCCCUCGCGUCUCCAUCUUUGGUGGCAAGGCCGCUCCCGGAUACUGGAUGGCUAAGCAAAUUAUUCAUCUCAUCAACUCGGUUGGGUCGGUGGUGAAUAAUGACGGCGACAUUGGCGACCUGCUCAAAGUCAUCUUCUUGGAAGACUACAACGUCAGCAAGGCUGAAAUUAUUUGCCCUGCUUCUGAUAUCAGCGAGCACAUCUCGACGGCGGGGACUGAGGCGUCGGGCACGAGUAACAUGAAGUUUGUUCUCAAUGGCGGCCUCAUCAUUGGCACCUGCGAUGGGGCCAAUAUCGAAAUCACAAGAGAGGUUGGCGAGAACAACAUCUUCUUGUUUGGUAACUUGUCGGAGGACGUGGAAGACUUGCGCCAUGCUCACACAUAUGGUUCGCACGCCAUUGAUUCUGACCUGGACGCUGUGUUCGAGGAGAUUGAAAAGGGCACCUUUGGAACACCACACGAUUUCGGGGCACUGGUUGCUGCCGUUCGCCAGCAUGGUGACUACUACCUGGUGUCGGACGAUUUCCACAGCUACAUCGAGACACAGCGACUCGUGGAUGAGUCGUACCGCAACCAGGACGAAUGGGUUUCCAAGUGCAUCACGGCUGUUGCCCGGAUGGGAUUCUUCAGCAGUGAUCGUUGUAUCAAUGAGUAUGCGGAGAGCAUCUGGAAUAUCGAGCCACUUCCUAUCAGGGAGUAA